UUGACUACAGAACGCCCACGAUGCUGAAUAGAAAACAUGACAGAUCAUGACACUAAUUAAGAACUCUAUCAUAUCUGUUACAUUUAAUUGCCAUCUCAAUUUCUCUAUUGCUGUAGAAAUGUGAGCAAGUAUUAAUUGUUUGUAGCUAGACCUGUCAUAAAUAUUGAAUUUGAUUGGCCUACCUUUCAAUAAAAUGUUCCAUGUUUAUCAGUACAUUAGAUUCACGUGAUAUAGAAAAGUGCUCCAGCUGCGUGUCCAGAGAUUUAGUGCUGCCUUGUCUAUAUCAGUCUCUAAUGGAUAUUAAUACACGGUGAUAAUAGGAUUGGCAGGGUGAUGCCCUGAGGUUUAGUGAUGGUGAGCCACUCCAUUCACACACACUAUCAUUUCUACUGCUGGACUUGAAGGAUGAGGGAUCCGCAACUACCAGGACUCAAAUCCAGACUAGCAUGGCCGAAACGCAAGGACAAGGAGGAUAAGAAAGCCAAGCCAAGUGAGACGAGUGUAACGCCAUUGGACAAAACACCGAAAGUCCUUUCAACCCGUCCUAUUAUACCAGAACUGACCCCAGAACAGAGGAUGAGGCAGACACCAUUUGAGAGGGUGCUUUAUGACAUGAACCAUGACCAGAGGGUAGUCAACGACCUCAUACUGGGCCGGAGGAUCUCCUUCUACGAGCUCAGGGGGGAAAUAGGGUGUGGGAACUUCUCCCAUGUUAGAUUGGGUAUCCAUGCCCUGACUAAAGAGAGGGUUGCAAUCAAGAUUUUGGAUAAGCUUCGUCUGGACAAGAAGUCUCAGUCCCUGUUUGCCACAGAGAUCAGCUGUAUGGAGAAGCUGUCCCACCCUAACAUUGUUCGUCUCUAUGAGGUGAUUGAGACCACCAAGCGCCUGUACCUGGUGAUGGAGUAUGGUAGUGGAGGAGACCUCUACUCACGUAUCACCAACCGGGGGCGUCUGUCUGACCUGGAGACCAAGCUCAUCUUUGCCCAGAUCAUCUCUGCCAUCAAACACAUGCAUGACAACAACAUCGUCCACCGAGACCUGAAAGCAGAGAACAUCUUUUACACCACCAGCUACUGCAUCAAGGUGGGAGACCUUGGCUUCAGUAUCGUGAGUGCUCCAUCUGAAGUCCUCACCACGUUCUGUGGCUCCCCACCCUACGCCGCUCCAGAGCUCUUCAAAGACAAAGGCUACGUGGGUCGUUACGUGGACAUCUGGGCCUUGGGAAUCCUGCUCUACUUCAUGGUCACCUCCUCCAUGCCUUUCCACGCCGACAACCUUGGUCGUUUGAAGCGCUGUAUCAUGCAGGGAGCCUACGCCUUCCCUGACUAUGUACCCAACCUCUGCCAACUGGUCAUAAAGGGCAUGCUGAGGUCCGUGCCCGCUGACCGUGACCCCAUCUCCCUGAUAAUGACCAGCACGUGGCUGAAGAGCAUUGAGUACCCUCGGGCGUACGCCCCCCUGCCCCAGACACCCUUUCACCUGGCUGAAACCUCCCAGGUCCUGUGUGUGGAGGAGCAGGAGGUGAAGUCGGCCCUAUCUGAUCUGGGCAUCAAGGGAGUCCACCUGCAGAACAACACCUAUACAGACAAUCGCAGCCCCCUGACGGGGACGUACCGUAUCCUCCUCCACCGUGUCCAGAAGAGGAGGUCUGUGGAGGCAGUGGGAUACACAGCCCUUUACCCUGAGGACUUUGGCAGUAAGAACGGCAGGACGACCACUGCUGUUAUGGACAAGCACAACCCUACCAGUGUCUGUGUUAUCCUAUAGACCAGGGAUUUUGCAACAGUUUUUGAACCAGGGACUGGAAAGUUAUGGAUCUUCUCUUUGGAUUAAAACAAACAAUUUUGGUGGGCCACUUAUAAUGAAAUUGAACACUUCAGAAGUGAAGUUCUCCCAUAACUAUGAACUAUCUGAGGGACCUGUCAGCAACAUCUCAGGAACCGGUGCUGCUCCAUGGACCUCCAUGGAGGUUGAGAAAUAAUGCUACAGAGUCUGGCAUCCUGUUUAGCCAGGCUCCACCAGAAGAGAAUCACAAGACAAACACACACCACAAACGCACACACACAUACACACACUACACUCACGGAUUUGUUGUCUUGUAUUCAUCGCAGUACAGAUGAUAGAUAGAUAAAUACCACCAUCUUGUGCUCACAUUAAUCAUUACAUUUCAGUACUCCUAAGAAAUCUGUGACAGAAAGAUACAAUGGUGAAAAGGUUAAGAUUUCAGGGUUGUACUGUAAAGUACAUUAAUUAUAUUGCAGCUUUAUGUACUAACAAGGCUACAGUAAUUGACUUCAGCUUGUUGCGACGUUACAUCACUCAAUAGGUCUAUGUUUUGUACAAUUGGCUUACAGUGAGAGACAAAGGAUUAAUAAUACUAUCAGCAUCUUCCAAGCCUACUUAGUCCUGUGCUUCGUCAAAAUAUAACUGGGGUCAUGCUCGUGGAAGGACAUGGCUAAUUUGUCUUAGCUGUGAUACAGGAAAAGUGCUUUGUUCAGAUAGCAAAUAUAAGGGAGUCAGGCACGAAGCACUGGCCAAUGCUCUGAUAUUUGGAUUACAAUACUUAGGUUUAUCCUCAAAGACUUGUAUGCCUUCAACAUUAAUGUAAAUAUAACAAAUAUAAUCUUUAGGUAAAUUCACAAGGUAAAUUCACAAGCUCUAUUCACAAGUACAUUGAAAAAUGUGUAAAACAUGGAUGUUUUGUGCACAGUUCUUUAUUUUGGCUAUUCAGUGGCUUGGAAGUGCUGAAGAUGAAUAUCUUUAUUAUGAUAUAAUGUAAUUAAAAUGCAUUAACACAUUGCUUAUGUAGAUAUUUUUGUACAGUCAUUUUAUAAAUGCUUUACUGAUAUAUUCUAUGUGGAUUAAGUAUAUCAGUAAAGUAUUUAUAAAAUGUUAAUAAAUAUGAUUUGCCAUUGGAUGUACCCAUUAAUGCUCAAGAGAAAUGUCAUUUGAAUAUAUGCCUGAGAUGAGUAAAAAAAAAUAUAUUGCAUUGUGUAUUGCUAUACCAUUUAAAUAAUUAAAAAUAAAUAAAACAUACACAUCAAGACAAAUUAAUUAAAAAAUAUAUAAUAAUCAAUCACCUCUUGUGAGUUCAGGGGGCAUCCCUGGUGCUAGUAACAGUGGAAAGGUCUUUAGGGAAGACUGACAAGUUUAUAUUGUGAGUAUCCCCUAAGUGGAAAUCUGAGCAGCAUUUGAAUAUCAUCUGUGUACUUGAAGCACAUAUUUGUUCAUUUUUUACAUCAUGGACAUCACAGAACCUCAACAUCUUACAGAAAAUAGAUACUAGAGAGUAUGUUGUUCUAUUAUCAGUCAAAGUCAAUAAAAGUAUAAAACUUCCAAAGCCUUUUUAGAGGUUUUGCAGGUUCUUAUGAGGUCACUCAUAACGCAACCUACGCUCUCAUAAAAAUCAGGACGGUUGGAUUGUAUAAACAUUAGCAGUUUCUCUAACUGCCCUCCCAUCUUACUCAACAUACAUUUCCCCUGAAGCUAUUACCACCUCUAUGAUCCAAGCAGUGAUAAAACCUGUCAGCACUUGACCUUUUCUCUCAUUAUUGUCUGCCAGGUUCUUACAGUUUGUACCUUUACCUGUUCUGUUCCUCUCCAUUGAUUGGCAGUCUGGCAGGGCAAUAUAUUUUGCAAUAAUGAGAUGAACCCCAGUCAUGCCUUUGUCAAUAAGGAUCCGCACCUUAAAAAAAAAAAAAUUGUUGACAUUUUUGCCUAAAAUCACAUACCUAAAUCGAACUGCCUGUAGCUCAGGACCUGAAGCAAGGAUAUACAUAUGCUUGAUACAAUUUGAAAGGAAAUACUUUGAAGUUUGUGGAAAUGUUAAAUUAAUGUAGGAGAAUAUAACACAUUAGAUCUGGUAAAAGAUAAUUCAAAGAAAAAAAACUCUUUUUUUUUUGUAAUUUUUUUUAACCAUCAUUUUUGUAAUGCAAGAUAAAGGCCAUAAUGUAUUAUUCCAGCCCAGGCAGAAUUGAGAUUUUGGCCACUAGAUGACAGCAGUGUAUUUGCAAAGUUUUAGACUGAUGCAAUGAACCAUUGCAUUUCUUUUAAAAAUGUUGUAUCAUAACUGUGCACUCUCCUCAAACAAUAGCAUGCUAUUAUUUCACUGUAAUAGCUACUGUAGAUUGGACAGUGCAGUUAGAUUAACAAGAAUUUAAGCUUUCUGCCAAUAUCAGAUAUGUCUAUGUCCUGGGAAGUGUUCUUGUUACUUACAACCUCAUGCUAAUCACAUUAGCCUAUGUUAGCUCAACCGUCACGUGGGGGACACACCGAUCCUGUAGAGGUUUUAAGACAAGCAUGUGAGUACAAAAUGAUGGAGAGACAAACUAUCAAAUUAUCUCCAAGCUAGUGCCUAAGUGGAGUCCUGACGUAAUCACUUUGAAUUAAAAGUUUUUUUAGGCUAUUGCUAAAUAUGUCUGAAACAUUGCUUUGACUCUUUUCCUUUUGCUAAUUCUUUAAAAUGAUAGGACAAUAAUAAAUCAUGUUUCUGACUGGAGCAUUUUGGUGAUAAGGGGUAACUAAUCACAUCCAUUAUCCAGUGUGAUGUUUGGAAUGGUCUGUUUGUUGUGGUUCUGGGUAGCUUUAUGUCUUAGCUGAGUCAAUAACCUGAAGUGAUGCCAAAGGUUGUUGUGUGUGUGGUUGUUACUUUAAUGUAUUGUCUUUCAAUGAAUGACACAUGAUUAUUUCUACAGUUGAACAGUUCACUCCACUGAAUAUCAUAAUGAAGUGUUGAAAGCCUGUGCUGAAGGUUUGUGGAACUUUGUGUCUACUGUGCACACUUAAUUUCACAAUUACCCAAUUCAUUUCAGCUUUACCUCAAAAGUUCUGAUUGGAAUGAGAGCUCGGUGUCUGCAAAAACAUGUUGAGUGGAUAAUAAUUUGAGCAAGAAUGUAAUAAGAAGCUAAUUCUCUCUGCUUACACAUAGAUCAUUUUCUCAGUAUUUCAUUCCCCCGUGCACCUUUGAAAAAAAAAAAAAAACUUCUAUGUACUGAGUCACUAGUGAAUAUCUGCUCAAAAUUCAAAUGUUGACCUGUUUCCUUUUGGAAUUGCAACAGCAUACUUUCAGAUAAAUCACUUGUUAUUCUCCUCCUCUCAAGUCAGACUGUUGAGAAAUAUGAGGUAUGGGCCAAAAACAAGUUUAUAGAAAGUUUAUAGUCUCACAGUGCUCCUGGCAAAUACAAAGGAGUCAGUGUUCUGGAACAUGUCCAUGUUUAUAUUGCAUUGUAUUGACAGUUGUAUGCCUUGUUCACUGGAAGUUGAGUAUGUGGUUUAUAGUUCAGAAGCAGCCAUUCAGAUGUCUGAGAUACAUACAUACAUUACUCUUGAACCCUGAUAGAACAUCUUUGAGUGUAAUUUUGUUGUAGUAGUUCAAUGGCUGUAUAGCAAUAGUGUUAAAUCAACAUUAAUAAGAGGAAUAGGCCACUAGUAGCGAUGAAAGAGAUACUGUGUGUGUCCUUGGAAAGAAAGAGGCAAACCAAUUAGACAAGGUUGGAUGUAUGUCGCAUUGUGUAGUCUCAGAGAUUUUCUCAUGGGAACCUUGUCCUCUGCAGCAUAUUGGAGCCUCCCUGUCACACUCCACUGAGGGCAUGGACAGAUAGGGCAGGGACAGAUAGGGCAGGGACAGAUAGGACAGGGACAGAUAGGGCAGGGACAGAUAGGACAGGGACAGAUAGGGCAGGGACAGAUAGGACAGGGACAGAUAGGACAGGGACAGAUAGGGCAGGGACAGAUAGGACAGGGACAGAUAGGGCAGGGACAGAUAGGACAGGGACAGAUAGGGCAGGGACAGAUAGGACAGGGACAGAUAGGACAGGGACAGAUAGGACAGGGACAGAUAGGGCAGGGACAGAUAGGACAGGGACAGAUAGGACAGGGACAGAUAGGGCAGGGACAGAUAGGACAGGGACAGAUAGGACAGGGACAGAUAGGACAGGGACAGAUAGGGCAGGGACAAAUAGGGCAGGGACAGAUGAUACAUAGAUAUUUCUCCUGGGGCAUCACACUUGCCUUAAAAUGGUGACUGUAGCAAGAAUGAACAUGUAUAAACUGCGAUUGAUUCUCUGCCCAUCAUACUGUAUCACAUUUCAGGUAGAUAUGUGGCAUUACAAGUGAUAAGCUUCAGAGAGCUGAAGUUCUGUGUCGGUAAAUGCUGAAGGCAAUGAGAGGAGUGAAAGCUUUUUUUCAAAUGAAACGUGUGCAGUAUAAAGAGUUCAUGUAUAGAUAGAGUGUAAUGAGCUGGCCUUGGAAUCAUACAAUUAAAAAGGAUGAAUAUGUUGACAACUGUGGGGAAUAUGGUUAUUAUGGACAUCAUGAAAAUAUGUAUUUCUAUUAAUAUAUAUUCUUAAUUAGCUUGAUGUAUUCUCUAUUGACAUAUCCAUUGAUAUUUCUGAGAUGUAUCAACAUUUUGUACUUUAUUAAAUUUUUAUUACAAAUGGGAACUUAUACAAAUAAUGUUUUGACAUAGUAGUGAUUGAAAUCAAAAUAGAAAUUGUAGCUUUAUAUAAAAGUUUAGUGGUCGGGGGCCCUACAGUCAGCAUGUAGUCUGCGUAUAGGCAGAGGCAGCACAGCACACACACAAUAAUGCUAAGCUGCCAAGUGGCUCAUUACUAGCAGGCACCAUUCAUGGUUAGUCAUCUAAUGCUGACAGUGAAUACAGUAAUACAGUAUAGUUGUCUUGCUAUGCUAUUGGAUUGCCACCUUAACAAUGGAACCUCAGGUAUUCCCAAAAGCAUGUGAUAUAAACUCAUUAAGCCAAACUAUAAUAUAAUGAGUAAUAUAAUGAUGAAGCUCACAUUCUACUUACAGGAUGAUAUUUGCCUACACAUUUCACUUGACAUAUGGAAAUUGGCAUA